UCCAGCUCGGCGAUGGAGGAAGGGUGCAUUUCCCAUGGCAUGAUGGAGGCGCUCAAGGCUAUGUAGCCCCGAAUGUCUAGACCGGGGAGGUUGCCAGACAUUCGACAUAUAUAUCGGCAUCAUCUGAUUCUCUGCUUUCACGCUGACCGACUACCAUCACUGGAAGCAUGUCUACCUUCACCCUCACCGAAGCCCACGUCCGCUCCCUUCUCGAGCCCGGCGUGGAGAAGCCGGGCGAAGUUUGCUACAAGACCUUCUUGCCGGAUGCGCCCCUGAUGCAGGCCAUCGAUCCCAAGCUGCGCUGGGUGAUCACCGACGCUGAGGGCGAGUGCAUCCCGGGCGUGAAAGCGGAGGGUGUCUUCACCCUCGAAGAAUGGGAGACGAAGGUGCGCAACCCGCUCGGCGCGUGCCUCGUGGCGGGAUCACUGGGCCUGCGAACGGAUAAGGUCUAUAUCUCCGGCAACGUCGCCAUCGUCGAGACGGCGGGCAGCGCUACGCAGAAGAACGGGAAGCCGUACAACAAUAAAUACGCCUGGUUCCUCACCUUCUCGCCCGAGGGGAAGAUCGUCGAGAUCCACGAAUACCUCAACACAGCCCUGCUGGAGCGUGUGUACGCGGAGAACCGGUCGUAGGUGUACAACUCCUGCAUGAGGAGAAUGCGCGAUGUCAGACGAAAGCUGUAUAGUAUCGCGAACCAGGAAAUGGUGUAAAUUUGGAUUAUGUCUUGCUCGCCACACGUCCCCAGUUCAAUCAGC